AUGUCGGCCCCUCAACCCAACGACGCCGAGAAGAAUAUCGAGAUAUGGAAGGUCAAGAAGUUGAUCAAGAGAUUGGAAGCCGCUCGCGGCAACGGAACCUCGAUGAUUUCCCUCAUCAUUCCGCCCAAGGACCAGGUCUCGCGUGCCGCCAAGAUGUUGGCUGAAGAGUUCGGUACUGCCUCCAACAUCAAGUCUCGUGUCAACCGCCUGUCUGUCCUUUCCGCCAUCACCUCCACCCAGCAGCGUCUCAAGUUGUACAGCAAGGUCCCUCCGAACGGACUGGUCGUAUACUGUGGUGAAAUCAUCACCAGCGAAGGCAAGGAGCGAAAGAUCAACAUCGACUUUGAGCCUUUCAAGCCUAUCAACACCUCUUUGUACCUGUGCGACAACAAGUUCCACACCGAGGCCCUUAGCGAGCUCCUCGAGUCCGACCAGAAGUUCGGCUUCAUCAUCAUGGACGGCAACGGUGCCCUCUUCGGAACCCUUUCCGGUAACACGCGAGACAUUGUUGCCAAAUUCAGCGUCGAUUUGCCGAAGAAGCACGGUCGUGGUGGUCAGUCCGCUCUGCGUUUCGCCCGUCUGAGAGAAGAGAAGCGCCACAACUACGUCCGCAAGGUCGCCGAAAUGGCCGUCCAGAACUUCAUCACCAACGACAAGGUCAACGUGGCAGGUCUGAUCUUGGCCGGUUCCGCUGACUUCAAGAACGACCUCAACCAGUCCGACUUGUUCGACCAGCGUCUGCAAGCCAAGGUCAUCAAGGUCGUCGAUGUUUCCUACGGAGGCGAAAACGGCUUCAACCAGGCCAUUGAACUGUCCGCCGAGACCCUAUCUAAUGUCAAGUUCAUCCAGGAAAAGAAGUUGAUCAACCGAUACUUUGACGAGAUUAGCCAGGACAGCGGCAAGGUCUGCUACGGAAUUGAUGACACCCUCAAGGCCCUCGAGGCCGGUGCAGCCGAGACUCUGAUCAUCUACGAGGACUUGGAGAUGACACGCUGGCAGCUAAAGGGCAGCGACGGCAGCGAGGUCAUCUUGCACACCACCAAGCAGCAGGACAACGACCGCAGCCUUUUCAUGGACAAGGAGACUGGUCAGGAGAUGGAAGUGAUUGACUCCGUGUCGUUCCUCGAGUGGAUCUCCGAGAAGUACCGCGACUUUGGUGCUACCCUGGAAUUUGUCUCCGACCGUUCUUCCGAAGGAAACCAGUUCGUUCGCGGCUUCGGUGGAAUUGGUGCCAUUCUUCGCUACAAGCUCAACUUUGAGCAAUUGAACGCCGACGAAGAGGACGAGGAUGAGUUCUACGACGAUUGA